GUGAUGUGUUCUCUCUCAGUCUUGUGUGGAUUGUAGUGAUGUGUUCUCUGUCAGUCUUGUGUGGAUUGCAGUAAUGUGCUCUCUCUCAAACGCAGGGUUUUUGCUGUGUGGUGUGAGAGUCUCUGAUGUCCUGUUCUUUAUGGCUCUACAACUUAUCAUGCGGAGCUCAACAAACCCUUGGACACAUUGCCCAUGAAGACACAGGUGAAUCACAGCUGUGAUGAUCUCCUGGCCCAACACCACAGAGCCCGACACCGUGGGCAGCCAGAGCACCAGGGACCCCCAGAAGUCUGAGUGCGUCCUGGGGUUCAUCCCCAUCAUCUACUACAGCGCCCUCCUGUGUGUGGGAGUACCAGUGAACGUGCUGACGGCGGUGGCGUUGUGGCGGCUGGCCUCCCGCAGUAAGAAGGUGCUGUACGUGUACCUGCUGGCGCUGACGGGGGCCGACAUCCUCACGCAGCUCUUCAUCAUCUUCGUGGGCUUCCUGCUGGAGACGGCCGUGUUCCACCGGAAGGUUCCGGCGCUGCUGCUGCACUCCGUCAGCGUGCUGGAGUUCGCGGCCAAUCACGCGGCGGUGUGGACGGCGGUGCCGCUGACGGUGGACCGCUACGUGGCGCUGUGCUACCCGCUGCAGCACCGGCGUAUCAGCUACCCGGGCCGGGCGCGGCGCGUGGUGGCGGCCGUGUUCGGGCUGGCGCUGGUCUCCGGCGUGCCCUUCUUCUGGUGGACGGAUCUGUGGCGGGAGGGCGGGGCCCCCACGGCGCGGGACGGGGCGCUGAUCUGGACCCACGUCACCAUCAUCUACUUCCUGCCCUGCGCCAUCUUCCUGGUGCUCAACUCCCUCAUCGUCCUGCGGCUGAGCGGGCGGGGCUGGGGGCGGGGCCGGGGGCGGGGGCGGGGUCAGGGGGACAGCCCCGCCCCCUCGGCCCCGCGCCGGCUGGGUAAGACCACGGCCACGCUGCUGGCGGUCACCUCCUGCUUCUGCGUGCUGUGGGCCCCGCGCACGGGCGUGGUUCUGUACCACCUGCACAGGGCGUCGGUGCGCAGCGACUGGCGGGUGCACCUGGCCUACGACCUGGCCAACAUGCUGGCCAUGCUCAACACCGCCGUCAACUUCUUCCUGUACUGCUUCACCAGCCAGCCGUUCCGUGCGGCCGUGCGCGACGUGCUGCUCCUGCAGGCGCGGCCGCCCCGCCCCGGCCACGCCCCGCACCCCCAGCCCCCCCCCGGCCACGCCCACUCCUCCUCCUCGCUGUCCAGCGGGGCUAAACGCCCGCACCCCCAAGCCUCCCCAACUCCGCCCCUCCGCCGGGCCAGUAUGACCAUGUGACCUGCCCCUAGGCCCGCCCCCUGCAGGCACUUCUGUCCCAUAACCCCGGGGUGCCUCUGUUGCCAGGGCAACACACAGACCAAUCACUCCUCAUUACUGUUCCCCUCAGGGAGCAGCUCCAAUGGGAGGGGGUGGGGGGGGGGGUGUUAUUCUGUUUUAUUUAAAGAUUAGUAUCUAAUAUAAUUUAUUUUGUUGUUUUUGGAGACUGAGACCAGAAAAUAUGAUUUUUGUGUCUGUGCAUUCAUAUUGAUUUAUAAAGGCCAGAACUCUGCACUUUUAUUUCCGUGAACGGAGUGACCUGCCUGGAUAUUUGUGAUGCAUUAAUUAUGUGCGUGUGUGUGUGCAUGCAUAUGUACAUGUACAUACACAGACACACACAGACAUGCAUAUGUAUGCACUCUUUACAGACUGCUCUGUUCUGCUCCAGCAGUGCUGGUACAGGCACAUGUGUGUUAUCUCUCUAAUAUGAAAUAUUAAUAAUGUGAAUGUUUCCUCAGUAUUCCACUGUUCCAUGUCAUAAAGGAGGCCCAUCCUAAGCCUAUCACCAGCCUUCACACCUGAGCUGUACCGGUAGCUCCGCCCCCUUUAUCAUUAAAGUGAUGCCUUUGAAAAUCAGUGACUUUCAGUAAAAUCUUAAAUCACCUCAUUACUUUACUCAUUAUUUUACCAGCAAACACACACCCCCUCAUUACUUUACUAGGACACACACACCCCCUCAUUACUUUACCAGCACACACACAUCCCCUUAAUCACUGGUAACACAUUUCAGGUUACCCUUCAGUGACAGACGGAAGGUGGGUUUAAACUCACUUCCUCCACUGGACACACACACCUAAUACACAACAAAAAGCAUUUUCCUAAGCAGCCAAUCACAGAUACCCAUGUCUGUCAACAUAACUUUGAUUAAAUAAGAUUGGCUAAACAAAUUCUGGAAGGACAAACAAAUUAAGUUGUUUGAGAAAAUGUCUGCCCAUUUCUAAGGUAGGCAUGUGAUUCUUAUUAAUAUAUUAGUUGUCGCUAGCGAGAAAAAAAUUACUUUUAAUGUAUGAUCAGUGCAAAGAAAUCUAAAGUCUGUUCUUGUGUGUUGCUUUGCCUGCUGUGUACAAAACCACUGAUGUUACCUGCUAACUGUAUUUCUCUCGAAGAAAGAGAACAUGAUUCUGCAGGUUGUGCUUAUGUGUGAAACUGAAAUGGUGGAUUCUGGCAUGGUGCAUUCUGGGAUGGAAGUACUCAUGUUAGGCGUUCAAGGCCUGUUUGACAAAGGUCAACAAAAAAUGUCUGAAGUUUUAAAUGUCUGCUGGCUCCCUGGCUGCUAAGCAGGGACUGAUUUAGGGUUCGGGUUUAGGGUGGUUCCCUCGUCUCCAUUUCAUUCAGAUGACCCCAGAGCUCCUUUCUGGUGUAAAUGUUGUUCAAUGUGCUCAUGUGUUACGAUCAAAUAAUGCUGCCUGUGAUCUGUGAUAUUAUAGCAAAGCAUGUAACUGUAAAAAUGAUUUGUUGUUCCAAAUAUAAAAUAGUUUUCAUUUUA